UUAGUCCCACCGAACGCACGUGAAUGGUCCAUUCGCACGCGGGGCCGACGCCGGUGACCCACGGCUAACACGUGCCAGAAAGGGCCAACAUCAGUUCUCACGUGCCAAUGUUCGCCUUAAAAGAAUCGGAAGCUCCGGACCCUAGAAAAGGAACCCGCAGGAGAGAACCCACCGGCAUUUCCUUCUUACCCUCCUCUUCAACCGCCGCAUAUCAAUCUCGAAACGCGAGCCUGUUCGGCCCCGGCAGCCUUCGGAUCCGUUGCUAGGGUUUUAACCUUUCCUUGCUUGAGCUACCCGUCGCGGAAAUGGCCGCCCAGCCGUCGAGCGCCGAAAGAUCUUCGUUUUCCGCUCAAGUGGUGGGGAACGCGUUUGUUCAGCAGUACUACCAUGUCCUCCAGCAAUCGCCGGAGCAUGUUUACCGGUUUUACCAGGAUAGCAGCAAGCUCGGCCGGCCGGAUGCCCAUGGCGCCAUGAGUUCGGUCACCUCCACCGACGCGAUCAAUGCGAAGAUAUUGUCCAUGGGCUCUGUUAGAGCGGAGAUGACAUCGGUAGAUGCCCAAGAAUCUCUCGGCGGUGGGGUGAUCGUGCUUGUGACGGGGCACCUUACGGGAGAGGAUAAUGUUAAGAGGGACUUCACCCAGUCCUUCUUUCUUGCUCGCCAGGACAAGGGUUUCUAUGUAUUGAAUGACAUAUUUAGGUUUGUGGAGGAGGUCGAUCACCAACAGGGACACCAGGGCUUGGCAAAUGACUCUGGUGCACCUCAUGCGCCUGAAAGUGAUUUACCUCCAGAGGAAGAGCAGCAUGCUCCGGACCAAACAGACGUCUUGCCAGUAGAAGAAGAGGAGGUGAACGAGGAGGAAGUCUAUAAUCCUUCAGACAAUGGGGAGGUUGUGGAAGAGGAAGAACCUACAGGUGAGGUGAUUAAUGAAGUCCCAAGCAAUUCUGAAUCAAAUGCUGUCACCGCCCAAGAAGAGAUGCCAAAGAAAUCAUAUGCCUCAAUUGUGAAAGUCAUGAAAGAUAGUGCUUCUGUGUCAGUUCCAACACGUGCUUCUUCUAUGCCAACAUCAAUUAAAGCAGAACCACAGGCAAUCCCUGCUCCUCCAGCAGCUCCAGCAUCUGAUAUGUCUGCAUCCAGUUCUGCUGCUGCUGAAAGUAGCAAUGUCCAAGAGGCUGAAACUGAUGGUUAUUCCGUAUAUGUGAAAAGUUUGCCAAUGGAUGCAACACCUGCUCAACUUGAGGAGGUGUUUAAAAAGUUUGGUCCCAUUAAGCCUGGUGGCAUACAAGUUAGAAGCCAUAAGCUACAAGGUUUCUGCUUUGGGUUUGUGGAGUUUGAGGUGACUAGUGCUGUUCAAAGUGCCAUAGAGGCCUCGCCCAUAAUGAUAGGUGGUCGCUCAGCUUAUGUUGAGGAAAAGCGUGCUCCAGGCUCACGAGUUGGUAACAGAGGAAGGUUUGCGCCCGGUAGAGGGGGUGGGUUCCGCAAUGACGGUAGAGGACGCAGCAACUAUGGUGGUGGGAUGGGAUACGGUAGAGGGGACUUUGGAAGCAGAGGUGGUGGUAGGGGAGGAUUUUCAAGUCGCGGAGGCGAUGUUGGAUACCAGAGGGUUGAUCAUAUCAGAUCAAGCAGUAGUCGAGGAAGCCGUACUGGUUGAUCAGCCGCCGGCCGUGCACCUGCCAGAAAUUGAACAGGGGCACUUUCAUUGGGCUUCUAGUUUCUAGCUGAUCAGUUAUCUGGUCUUUAGAUUGGUUGAAAUAUAUACAUAUAUGAGUAUCUUCUUCUCUGUUGUUUCAGCAACUGUUACAAGAUGUUUGAGUUAGUAGUGGUUUUGCUUUGUUUUGUUUACCGCACACUAAUUUUUUUGCUAGAGAUGAGCAACCGUAUGCCAACCCUGUGAUAGUAGGGUUCCAUUUUAA